UCACAUAAGGUAUUGCCGUAGUGUGGUCUCUGUUCGUGCUAUACGUACCACUUCACAGGAAGACUUUCGAGAAAGCCGUCCUGUGUCUGUGUUACCACUCCUUCAGCCAUGAAGUUCUCCGGCCAGGUAGUCUGUGUCUGUGCCAUCUUGGCCAUCAACGCAGCAGCGCUAAACGCCAGUGAGAAGCUGAAUUGGCCACGCAUAUAUCUUUUCGGCGACUCCAUCACGCAGAUUUCAUUUUCUGAGCAAGGAGGCUGGGCAACGCUUCUGGCAGAUAAGUUUCAAAGAAAAUGCGACGUCGUAGCACGUGGUUUCUCCGGCUACACUACGCGUAUGAGCAAAUAUGCCCUGCCCAGAGUGUUCGAUAGGAACGACGCCACAUCCACGGUAGCCUUCGUCAUCUGGCUGGGAGCAAAUGACGCUGCUCCAGAUCACGCGGGACGCCAACUUGUACCACUCGGCGAGUACGUGGACAACCUGGAUGGUAUGCUGAGCUACCUGCAGGAGUGUGGCAUCAAGCGUGAAAGCAUCAUACUGAUAACACCUCCAGCCUUUGAUGAAGUGAAACAUCAAAUAAGUCACCGGGGCAGCAGACGACGAUCCAAACUGGCGGAGCAGUAUGCCGAGGCCUGUGCUUCCUUGGGUACAAGGAGGAAUGUAACAGUUGUUGACAUUCACAGCGAAAUGCUCAAACACGAGGACUGGCGGGACAUGUUGUCGGAUGGGCUACACCUCGCCAAGCCCGGCUCUCAACUGGUAGCUUCGCUUCUGCUGCCCAAGCUGCAAGAACUCACCUCGGACAUCCCAAUGUUCCUGCCAGAGAGCAAACACCUGUAUGUUCCAAACCCAGAAAGUCUGUUGCUGGGCUGGAGCGCCAAUAAAAAAGAAUAGUGGAAGAAUAAUAUGCGGCCACUUCGAGGGGAUUUGACUUUGCA